UCCGCGGGCGUGGAGCUGGAACGGCUUGGAUAUAAGGGGCGAGCGCCUUAGCCAGGUCGCCCACGUUGCCACAAGCACUCACAACACCGCCCACACCCUCUCGUCAGCCGCAAGCGCCCAUCUAGUCAGCAGGAUGCACCCACCAGGCACCAAAGGCGGCUACCCUAGCACCGGUGGCUACACCACGGGGUAUUCCACAGGGUACUCUAGCGGGUACUCUAGCGGGUACAGUGGCCAGCAGAUGCAGCAGAUGCAGCAGAUGCAGCAGAACCAGCAGAUGCCGCCCCCCGUCCCUCCUUUCUCCCGCCCACGCCCCUCGUACCCACCCAAGCAUGAGCACGAAUACGAGGAGGAGCGGCGCUAUGGGCGCGGGCGUGAGAGGUACCACUCGCGGGAGGUAGCCAUGAGGGCGUGCUUCGACAUGAUGCGACGCCGCUACAACGAAAUGCCCGCCGAUCCCGCCCAGAAUUUCCCCACCCACAGUGAGUUGGGGAAAGGGAAAGGGGCCCACCCCACGGGCGUGCCUGCAGACAUCCUUCGCGUGGACUACGUCGACUUCCGCCCACAGGAGAAUGCGAAGGACCAUCGCACCUUCCAUUAUGAGUUGGUCCAGGAUCAUGACCGCCCUACGCCCGUGUUCAGGAGAGGACAAGCCUUCUACAUGUCUCUGGUGACCCGUGAGCGAGACUUCGACUGCACCCGCGACAACCUUUACCUGAACUUCUACUUCGGCCCUAAUCCUUCCGUGCCCAAGCGUACCCGCAUCGUCUUGCCCGUCACCAUCCAGAAGGAGUUCUCGAAGGCGCCGCAGAAGUGGGACUGCCGCAUCCACGCUCAGGACUCACGCAACCUCACACUGCAGGUGCACAUCCCCGCCACCUGCCCCGUGGGUGUGUGGCGCUGUGUGGUGGAGACGGCCACCAGGAACUACCCCAAGGCGAGGACACAGUACCGCGCUCCCGAGGACAUGUUCGUUAUCUUCAACCCCUUCUGCAGAGACGACGCCGUGUACAUGGAGAACGAUGCUCAGCGUAGCGAGUUCGUGAUGAAUGACACUGGCAAGGUUUACUUGGGCGGCUCCAAGAACACCCACGGCCGCCCAUGGGUUUACGGCCAGUUCGACGACUGCGUCCUGCCAGCUGCUUGCGUCCUGCUGGAGAUGUCUCGCCUGACCCAUGCUGAGAGAGGCAACCCCGUGAAGGUGUCCCGCGCCCUCUGUGCCAUGAUCCAGUCCUCGAGGAACCACCGUCGAGACUACGAGGACACAGACGGCAUGCUAGAACCUUACUACGAGGACGACCAUCGCGGAGGCCAGAACCCCCACCUCUGGACCGGUUCUGUCAAGAUCAUCGAGGAGUUCUUGUGGCAAGGGGCGACGCCUGUCAAGUUCGGUCACUGCUGGGUCAUGUCAGCUCUGCUCACGACGUUCCUGCGUACCUUGGGUAUGAGCGCUCGCCCAACCACCGUGAUUACGUCAGCGCAUGAGACCCAAGACACGCUCACCAUCGACCGCUAUGUGGAUCGCUUCGGUGAUAUCAUCGAGCGUGGACCUGGCCGAGAUCAGCCUGACGCCGUGUGGGCCUUCCAUACCUGGUGUGACGUCUGGAUGACCCGACCUGACCUGCCCUCAGGCUACUCGGGCUGGCAAGCUCUUGACCCUGCCCGCUCAUACUUCAGGGAUAGGUAUUCAAACGGCUGUGGCCCAUCAUCUGCCGAAGCGGUGAAGAAGGGAGACGUUGGUUACUCCUACGAGACCUCCGCCCUCUUCUCCGCCCUCAACACCUUCGUCAGAUACUUCUACGAGGAUGAUGAUUCCGAGUGGGGCUACACACACUACAGGCAGUACAGGUUCCCAAUGUGCAGGUCGAUAAUGACCAAGGCCGUAGGACGCCACGACGACGACGGCGAGGGUGACUGCGAAGAUGUUACGAAGACGUACAAGGACAUGGAGAGGUCCGAGCCAGAGAGGUUCACCGUCUUCAACGCCUGCCGGGGAAUGAGGAAGGACCACGUCUACUACGAUUAUCAGAACCAGUACCUGAAGCAACUCUUCCUCCUCCCCCCCCAGGACCAAGGGAGCUAUGACGUCACCUUCGAGCUCGUGGACCCUCAGCGUGUGGCCGCCGGUCAGAGCAUGACAGUCACUUUGCAGGUCCACAAUAAUUCCAGCGAGACACGUACCGUCCAGGCCACUAUUUCCACCAGGAGCGCCUUCUACACUGGUGUGAUGGGCGCCCACCUGAAGCGCGUCACUGGCCAGUUCACCCUCGCCGGCGGCCAGCGUGACACCCUCACACUCAGACUGGACGCCUCCGAGUACCAGGACCGCCUCGUGGACAUGGGCUUCAUCAAGGUCACGGCCUCAGGCUUCGUGAACGAGAACAAGCAGUCGUACAUCGACGAGCACGACUUCCAGUUCGAGAAGCCAAGGAUGAGCAUCGAGGUGGCAGAGUGCCAGGUCGGACAGGAGUGCACCGCAACCUUCUCCUUCAGCAACCCUCUGGACGUCCCCCUGACGGACUGCUUCUUCAGCAUGGAGGUCGGCGGCGCCUGCAGGCCCAGGACCAUGCGCGUCAACCGCGAGGUCCGGCCAAGGGAGACCUUCACCUACACACAGACCUUCGUUCCUCGUCGCUCCGGGGACCGCCGCCUCGUCGCCGCCUUCACCUCCAGGCAGCUCCACGACAUCACCGGCUCACGCAAGCUCACCAUCCGCGACUAAACGGACGGCCUUCCGGUGGCGCGAGGAGGAGGAGAAGGAAGAGGUCUCGCUGGUGUGGAUCUGCCCUCUCUUCUUUUCUCUGAUUUUCCUUUUCUCAACAACAACACCCCCCCUCCAACCCCCCAUCUCCACCCCCAUCACACCCUCCCUCCCCCUUGAACGCAGCCUGAUGAUAGCGAGGUAAGCGAUAACCAUCACCUUUAAAACACACGAUAAAAAGAUGGCUAUAAUCAUUCAAACAAGGGAAACAAAACCGCAAACAAAGAAGUACGCAAAUAUUUGAAGAAAAGAGAAAAAACGCGUCCAAGCCAGACCUGCGUCCUGAAGACAGACGUUGACGAAGACGCAGCAGCAGCAGCAGCAGCAGCAGUAGACAGAAGAACCAAUGAUGACGAAAAACGAAACAAAAAAGGGGGAGAAGAACGAAGAAAACGAAGAAAAUAGAAACGAACCAAAUGCCAAACAAAUGAAGUGACAAAAAACAACAAAAGCAGACAAGUGUGAAGCCCUAUGACCACGCAACACAAAGUCUCCUGCAGGACCACGCAAGGAGUCAUCAGACGCCAUCAUUAUAUCAGCGCCGAGUUCAGGAAACGACACCAGCAGCUGUGCGCGAAAGAAAGAAAGAGGAAGGGAAAAAAAGCGAAGAAAGCGGGCGAGACAGAGAGAAGAGAGAAAGACCAAAGGGAGGAAGAGUGCGAGAGGCAAAGCGAAGAGCAAGAGAAAGAGAGAGAAAGAGACGAAAUGAAGAAAUGCGAAGGGGGAAUAACGAAACCGCAGAAGAAUGAAGGAUAGGGAAGAGAGAAAGAAGGAAAGAGGCAGAGAGAAGAAAGAGAAAGAAGAACAGGAGUGAGCAAGUGUAAGACCACGCAAUAUACAACGAAAAAACUAACAGAAACGAAUAGCAAAUUCAGUAAGGCCUAUAGCUGAUACUCGGAAAAAACUAAAAAAAAGAAUACCCACACAUUAAGGUUUUAGAAAACGACCUAGCAAACAGACAAACACAAAAAAAAACAACAAAAAAAAACAAAAAAAAAAUAGGUAUAUACAUCUAACUCUUAACAAACGACAUUUCUGUAACAUUUGGGUUUCAUCGUCAGAGAAGAUGCUUGGUGCAUUACUAACGUAGACAAAAUAGAUGAUGAAUACACAGAUUUACAGCUGUAGUUAUUUUAUUUUUUAUUUUUUUUCUCUUAAUUUUUGGAUCUUAGCGCACCAUAGACAGACAAUAGGGGAAACGAAUAGGCCUUUUUUUAUUAUUAUAACACUGGUACUGUCAACACCAAACACCAUCGCGCUUAAGGGAUUACUUUUGUGAAUAACACCACUUCUUAUUUUUUCCCAUAUGUGUAGGUAUACUUCAAUUUACUCUUCCACAAAAAAAACAUAAAAAAACAAAAAAAAAAUCUAAUAAAUUUAAAUAACUAAACGAAAAUAUAUACAUUAUAUAUAUACAACAAGACAUGACACAAAACAAGAAAACUAGUGUAUUGAUUAUUAAUGCAAAAGAAAAGUUGACGACUAUAUGCAUGAUAUUGGACACGGGCAGUCUCGAAUCGUUUUCUUUCAAGCACAGCCUUAUUUCAUAGAAAAUGGUCACAGUUUAGAGCAUGUACUUAGGUAUUCACACGUUAAUCACUAAAUUCAAUAUUGUCAUGUAGGUACCGGAAGCUUGGAGAUAUGGCUAUGGGGACGUUGAUCUUGUGCUGCAUCUGAAGGAAAACAAACAAAACUUUUCAGGAAAAAAAAAGGAAAAAAGAAAAUAUGAGCCUGCUCGGCAUUUUCAUUGUUGUUAUUGUCCUUUUCAGAACGUCAUAUAUAUAUAUAUCUUUUUUAUAUAGAUAUAAUAUACACUACCUUCCCAUGGAGAACCCAUAUCUCCGAUCCCCAUAGUUAAGUAUGUGGCGGUUUUCAGUGUAGAAUUACAAUGUAAAGUGGUUGUGGGACGAUAGAUACGCCAAACGAUAGUAUUUUAAUCUCUUUCUCAAACAAUGGUUUAAAAAAAAAAAAAAUCUUUUUUUUUAUUAUUUCUUUGUCCACCUACCUGUCCGCCUGCUUGAAUUAACCCCAGGUCCGUUCUCUAGCUUAAUAGACUUUUAUUGGUGUAAAUUAGGUUUCCUAGACGAGAUGGACUACGAUAGAUCGACAAAUAAACCUCUUCAGCAGCA